AGAAAUUUUUUUAUGUGCUUAGGUAAUAUUAGAUAGACAGACAGACAGACAGACAGAUAAAUAGUUUUCGUCAAAUAGUUUUGCUGUUGUUUUAAGCAUAGCUAAAUCUAACUAUUAAUUUUAACAUGUGUAGAUAUUUUUGGUGGAACACAGACAUUAAAAAAAACUUACAAAACGAUUUUUUGCAAAUAUUAUUCCCCAUGAGAACAUUGCAGAGUAGACUAGUAGUCGGAGAGAGUGAGACCCUCUGGACUGUCUGCAGUCGAGAUGGAGGGAAGUUUUCAAAAGGAUUUCCGACGCCAUUGUGACGUCAGCAGCUCCUCUUUAUUCACCGCCGCCGCAGCAGCCGCAACAAAUGAACAUCCCUGGAUCAUUUAAUACUUUGUAACUGCGUUGAAACUUUGAGCAUGCGUCUCCGGAAUGCGUUUUUGUUCGGCGAAAGCGUGAGAAAACAAACUCAGCAUCUUGCAGGAGGUGAGAAAGUUUUUGGAUUAAAGUUAGUCGUCGCAGACUAACAAAGCCAGCCGGAGAAAGUUACUAGUGCUGGACUACAGAGGGAUCUCGCCUGGCCUGGAAAACUGUUUGUCAACAUGUCUGUCCAGUCCUGGGUACCCAGCAGCCUCCCAUAAUGAACAGCUCUAAGAAUGGGACAACGGUGGCCAACUCCACUCAUGGCCUGGACGAUGACGGGCUCGUGGUCCUGGAGUCUGUCUCUAUCAUCAUCAUAGCCAUACUGGCAUGUCUGGGGAAUCUGGUUAUUGUGGUGACCCUAUAUAAGAAGCCCUACUUACUGACACCCAGUAACAAGUUUGUCUUCAGCCUGACUUUCUCCAAUUUGCUGCUGUCUGUCCUAACGCUGCCCUUUGUUGCGGCCAGCUCGGUGCGUCGGGAUUGGAUGUUCGGAGUGGUCUGGUGUAACUUCACAGCACUGCUCCAUCUACUUGUCAGCUCAUCCAGCAUGCUUACACUGGGAGCCAUUGCCAUUGACAGGUACUACGCUGUUUUAUAUCCCAUGAUCUAUCCCAUGAAAAUCACGGGAAAUCGAGCUGUGGUCGUCAUCGUUUAUGUGUGGCUCCACUCCCUGGUUGGAUGCCUGCCGCCACUUUUCGGUUGGUCCACCUUUGAGUUUGACCGCUUCAAGUGGACCUGUACAGUGGCUUGGCACAAGGAGAUCAGCUAUACUGCCUUCUGGGUUACGUGGUGCUGUCUUCUGCCACUGGCGGCCAUGCUGAUCUGCUAUGGCGUCAUCUUCCGCGUGGCCCGCAUCAAAGCUCGCAAGGUUUACUGCGGAAGUGUGGUGGUGCCUCAAGAGGAGUCCAGUUCUCAGAAGAAUGGUCGCAAGAACUCCAAUACUUCCACAUCUUCUAGCGGAAGUCGCAAGAGCCUGGUCUACUCUGGGAGCCAAUGCAAGGCCUUGGUCACCAUUCUGGUGGUUCUGGGGACGUUUCUGACCACUUGGGGUCCAUAUGUGGUAGUUAUCAGCACUGAAGCACUGUGGGGUAAAGACAGUGUUUCUUCACAGAUGGAGACACUGGUCUCCUGGCUGUCUUUCACCAGUGCCGUGUGUCAUCCACUUAUUUAUGGGCUGUGGAAUAAGACUGUACGUAAGGAGCUGUUGGGCAUGUGCUUUGGCGACCGCUACUACAGAGAGUCUUUUGUUAUACGGCACCGGACCUCUCGUCUCUUUAGCAUCUCUAACCGGAUAACGGAUUUGGGAAUGUCUCCUCACCUGACGGCCAUGUUAGUGGGUGGUGGGCAGAUCCUGGGCCGUGGAAGCAGCACGGGAGACACUGGCUUCAGCUACACCCAGGACUCAGCUACAGACGUCAUGCUGUUGGACAGCUACACCUCAGAUCCCUCCCACUCUGCCCACUGUGCUGCCAAUAAGAGGAGAAGUUCUGUCACUUUCGAAGACCAAGUGGAUCAGAUUCCUAAAGGUGACCCCUCGGUAGUCCAAGUCAUGGCAGACAUCCAUAAGUCUUUGGACAGCUUUGCGUCUUCUCUGGCUAAGGCUAUAGAGAAUGAUGCCAAGCUUCAACUCUUUGGGGAAUGGAGUCAAAUUCCAACAAGUCUGUUCACGGUACGAAACACACAGAGAGCUCCCCGUUACCUGGAUGGACAGAGACUCAGGAUGGAAAGCAUCGAUGAAGGAAUAGUAAAAGAUGAUGAAGAUGAUGAUAAUGAAGAACAUGAGGAAAAAAUUGGUGACACUUCCAUGUAGUUCUUUGACUCUGUAAAUAGACCAGAUUGUGUAAUCUGUAGCUUUUAAAGGUACAAGGAACACAUAAGAUACAUGUUUACAUAUAUACAGUGAUUUAUGUGUCAUUUAUGUACUAGAUCUGUCACUCACCAGAAUAAGUUAUGUUUUUGUAACAUAAAAGUUAUUGUAAAAUCAUGUACAGCCCUCAUAUAUUGUCAGGUAUUUUGCCUGUGUUGGGUACUGUGUGUAUUAUGUUUACUCUUUUCUUUUAAGGAAACUAUAACCACUCCGUUUUAUACGUCCUGACUGUUUGGAAGAAUGAUUAUCCUACAGCUCCUCUCCACGGUUUUAAGUUCAGGUCUAUUAAUAUAUUCUAUUAUUAUAAGUGCCACCAGGUUUAUAGAAAAUAUACCAAAUGUCUUUGGGGUUAUAUUGAUGUGGCCAAAAAAAAUAUUUUUAUCAGACAUUGAAUUAACAUGUAAAUGAGAGAGAGAUACCGGGCAUGAUGAAAGGUAGAAUACCUCUUAAAAUGCUGUUUUAUCCAUACUUUGUGGUGGAAAAUCUGAUUAAAAUGUUUUGACUGAAUGUAAUGGUGUGAAAAAGACACUGGUACAAUUGCACUUGAAGAUUUUGUUACGCUUGAUCAGUGACUUCUCACAUCUGUUUUUGUUCCUACUAGUUUUAGUAUACUUUGAAAAUGUACUCAAUAAGGAUUAAUCAUUCCUGUGGAAUCUUCUUUUUUUUUGCAUUAUGUCAGUCAGUUAUAUACCAAUAUUAAUAGGCCUCUUUGUCAUUUGCAGCGCUGCUUCUGGCUGCACUAUUUGUUUGUAAACCACAGCACAUAAUGUUUUUUUUUAUUUGUACUGUGUUAUUAAAUUCUUUAUGGGUACUCAA